UCAGAGGGAUACAUGUAGCACUUGGAUGAGCAUAUAAAAUGACGUCAUCCAAAAUCGUGUUUGAGCAGUUGAGGGUGUUGACCGGAAAACUUUCUGAAUUGGAAAAUUCUAACUCUGCAUUACUAAGUACAUUGAAUGAAAGAGAUGGGCCUGGAAAUCAGGUGAUGAAACCAACAAUAACAACAGACUUAAACAGAACUUUGGACAUAUUAAGAGACCAAACCAGGAAAAGCGAAACAGACUUGAAAACUUUAAAAGAUACCCUAUCCAUUUUGAGUGAUCGAGUACACGAGCUAUCCACAACUGUCAAAAAUCGUUCCCAAAGGAAUAAUCAAAAUCUGGAAAGUAAUCUAAGAACUCAGAAGAAAAAUGAAUCAUUAACAACUGAUACAAAAAGAAAGCAAGAAAUAAAAUCUGCAGAAUCGGAGAGGUGUGUCGCAUAUACUUGUGCGUCAGAAGUAAAUGAUUCUCCAAGGAAUGACAGCAAUAUUACGAUGAAAGCAAAGGCAAAAGAUCAACAAAAUGAGCUCAUACCGAAAAGACAGCUUUUGCAGAACAUUUCUAUAAAGACAAAUACUGAAGGAAAGCCAUCAUUACAAUUGAAUACUUAUGGACUGAGAAGCAGGGCAGUGUCACCUGACAUUGAUAAUCGUGUUCGUUUGAUAAAGGGAAAAAGCAUUGAAAAAGGUCAAGAGAUGUCAAGAUCGGCCUCCACAGAUUCCUCUAAAUCCGAUGCUUCUGGAAGAGAAAAGACAGUAAAAGAAAACCUACAAACGGCGGACAAUUUGAAGCAUCUUCCAGAUGAAGAACAGAUAAAAUCAAAGAAAAAACAAACGACAUAUCAUCCAUCAAUAAAAAAGAACGAGCAUAAAAACCUUGCGAGUGUAGACAAAGACCCAAACGCCGUUCCUGACAUCAGAGAUCUUAACAGCUGGAGAACUUUGGCUGAAGCAGAGAGAAAAAGGGGUCUAUCUUUGCAUUCGCUACCAGUUGGAAAGGGGCCUGAUACUUGCUUGUUGCUAGAUAUAUCUGGUAGUAUGGAGGGGGAAAUGUUUAAUGAGAUGAUGGCGGCAGUUAGAACGUUUAUUGAUGGUAUUGCAGGAGUUGCAGCAGUGUUGGGUAUAGAAGAGAAUAUAGGCAUCGCAACAUUUGGAGCUCAGACAACAGUAAUACAGCAUAUGUCAAAUGACUACGACCGAGUAAUCAAGACUCUUGAUUUAUUGACACCAUCCGGGCCUUCACCCAUGUCAGCUGGUCUUUACAUGGCUAUGGCUUGCUGUUUAGGACACGUUGGAAAAACCUCAAUAAAGAAUAUAAGGAUUAGACCCAGGAUUAUCAUGUUCAGUGACGGCAAAGGCACACUUGACACGAGAGUUUCUGGUGAAGACGACUUUCGCUCAGAAUCAACAGUUUUGACACGCAUGUGGUUAAAUGAAGCUGCUGAAGAUCUGGAGAGGCGGCAUUUUCGAGUUUAUCCCGUGUGUUUGACGAAAACAACCCCGGACAUGAUUUUGGAAGUUUGUAAGAAGACACAUGGCAAGAUGUACAAAUCUUCAGAAAUCCCCAAGCUUGUUCGAAUGACACAAAAUAUGUCACAAGCUAUUGGGAUGAUUGACAGAGGAGUUGAUUUUGAAGAGGAUAACAUUUUUUGGAGGAAUAAACCUGGAAUGUCAGAAAAUCCACUUUUGAAUGACUUUGGUUUUGAUGAAGAUAGGGAGGAAAUCUCUCAUUUGGGAAAAUACCUAAAUGACCACGAAACUUCAAAUUUUCAUAAAGAGUACAAAGACAGUAAUCUACCUGCUCUCGGUGCCAGGGUUAGAAGGGGCCCCGACUGGAUGUGGAAUGACCAGGACCAAGGAGGUCCGGGAACUGUUGUAGGACAUGACGGACAUACGUCUGUUUGGGUUGUGUGGGAUUGUGGACACCUGAACACCUACAGAUGUCAUCCGUUCCUUGGUUACGACAUCUUGUUAGUGGACGAACCGCGGGUUCCGGAAAGGAGCCGUAUUGCUGUAGGCUGUCUGGUUGAGCGAGGUGAACAUUGGAGGGAUGAAAACAAAGACGGAGGAAUUGGAAACGUUGGGGUUGUCAUUAACAUAAAAGAAAAUGGAAGAGUUCUUGUAAGAUGGCCAAACAUGGAAAAGGGCCGAUACAAAUUUGGAUCUGACGGAUUGUUUGAGAUAAAAUUAUGCGAUCCUUUAAAGGUGUAUGGCAGUGUUAGUAAAUUAACUACUAACGUUCGAGAAGUUGAAGAAUCGCUUAAAGGAGUGGAAUCAAUGCUCUUCAAAGACAAAAUUUUAUCCAGUGCAUCGCAUUCUGCAGCUAGAAGUACAUGUAAGAAUGGAGAAUAUAAAAAGGAAGGAACUAAAGAACAAGUAAAAGAAGACGCCCCAAACCCAAACUCAGGUUGUGGUUUUGAUAUUAUAUGGGCAUACAAAAAGAAUGGAAGAUGGUUUGAUUUCCCCCAAAAUAUAAAUACGAAAAUGGAGAAAGCAUAUGGCAGAAAUAAUCAGGGCUCUAUGAUACUAGAGAUCGAUGGAUAUGUAUGGAGGGCUUUCUUUUCCAAUAUGAAGAUGGAAUGUCAGAAAACACAUACGUGGAUAGAAAUUUUAAGAAACGAAAUAAUUGAUUGAGGCGGAGAGAAGAGCUUUGGUGAUCAGAUAUGGUGGAAGUACAUUGUAUUAGGAACUUAAAACAAUCUCA